CCACAAGAAAGAGCGAUCCUGGUGCAAAUGAUGCUUCAUUGCAAGGGACUGGGGUUAUUUUUUUGCAUCUCAUCCUCAUGCCCUCUACCUGGGCUGCUUGGUGGUGUAGGAAACACCCUCCCCACUCAUGCUAGUGUGCCAGGAGCCUCAGCUUUUUGGGCAGGAGAUUUGCUUUCUUUUUUCCUCCUCUUCUGAGCAGCUGCAGCUCCCGGUGCUGUGUCAAACCCGAGAGGUGCAGGAAGGCGUGCGGCACUGGGUGGGAUUCACUCUCUGCCCUGAACUUGCCGGCUUACCUGCCCAGCUGCCCUCUCGGCAGGAGGCAGGCGAUGCUGGGUUCAUUGCCAGCGCUCGGCUGCCUUGCAAGUAAUCCUGCGUUGGAGGUAGCAAUACGAAACGGGGCUUUUCCAUUGGGGUGGGAGGAGCAGCUAAGCCUGGGUAAUGUCAGGGAGGGUACAUGGGUUCAAGUAGCAUCAUGUUCACAACAUGAUUGUUUAAUAUGUUAGUCCAGUUAGUCUGCAUAACUGCGUCUAAAAAUAGAACAUAUUUUCUCUAAGUCCUCUAGUUCAAAGCCUCAUAAGCUAUUUUCUUUCCAGCAUUGGUCUCUUACUGCUCUCCUGAGCCUGAAAUUUGUACAAGGCUAUUUGCAAAGUUAUCAGAAAAACCAAGAGGAGUGAAUGAAGUCUAUCGAAUCCUUAAGUUUCAACCACCUGAGAGGGAAGUUCAUUAAAGUUGCAGUAACUUUCUGGCAGCCUCUUGAAGGUGGAUUAAGCAAGCUGAGUAAACAAACCACCUUAUGGCCACUAUAGACCUUUUUCUAGCAUCAGUUUCACGUGUUGUCAUAAAAACUCGGAGUCACCAGCCUCUGGCUGCACAUGAUGUAAAGCAAAGGUGACAUCCUGAUGCUCAAAACCUGGGGAGGGGUCUCUGUUGGGACACCUGGGGGUUUGCUGUAUCUCCUGGUUUGCAGGAGCUGCCGGAGCCCAGGGGAGACGGCUGCGAUCAAUGGCAUGCGGCGGCUGCCCUCCCUGCGGCGCGAGGGGAGUCACUCCAGCCGAUGGUUUCAGCGUGCGGUAGAGGGAGUGUGUGUUUAAAUUUCAGAGCUGUUGCUGGAUCUUGCCCAGUUCUCCCAGCCGCAUAAAUAUCUGGCCUUCAGCACAGCUGUGGAAAUUUGCGUUGUGUUCUCUUGCAGAUUAUUUCGGUUUUCAGCUCUCCGUGCUGACAUGGUAACUGAAGGGUGGCUUUCAGCGACAGGCAGACGGGGACAGCUGCUCCAGAGAGGCUAGCAGGAACAGCCUGGUAGGGUCCAUCUCGGAUAGACGCGGAUGAUGCCAGAGCUAUGACAGGGAUUGCAGUCUUGGCACUGAGGGGUGAUCAAUUAUGGAACAACUACAGGAGGAAGUACCUGAGGUCAGGGAAGAGGAGGAGGAAGAGGAAGAGGCAGUGAUGGUGGCAAGUGGAGCCUCAGACCCAAGUGGAGGACCAGAAAGCUCGCUGCCUUCGAGCAGCUACACAGAUCUUUCGCAGAGCUCCUCUCCCUCCCUGUCGGACCAAUUGCAGAUGGGCUGCGAGGAAGCAGCCUUGGGAGCGCUGAACGUGGAGUGCAGGGUCUGCGGAGACAAAGCCUCGGGGUUUCACUAUGGUGUGCAUGCCUGCGAGGGCUGUAAGGGUUUCUUCCGCCGGACGAUCCGCAUGAAGCUGGAGUACGAGAAGUGCGAGCGGAGCUGCAAGAUUCAGAAGAAGAAUCGGAACAAGUGCCAGUACUGCCGCUUCCAGAAAUGUCUCUCACUGGGCAUGUCACAUAACGCAAUCCGCUUCGGCCGCAUGCCAGAGGCAGAGAAGAGGAAGCUGGUGGCAGGGCUGACGGCGAGUGAGAUCAGCUCCCAGAACCCGCAGGUGGCCGACCUGAAAGCUUUCUCCAAGCACAUCUACAAUGCCUACCUGAAAAACUUCAACAUGACCAAAAAGAAGGCGAGAGGUAUCUUGACCGGGAAGGCCAGCAGCACCCCAGUAAGUUCCCUCCCCGGGGCAGGUGGGGUUGGCCAUGAAACAAGAUGGGAGGCUGUUUUCUGGGAGAUGCUGCACAUCUCCCUCCUGCUGGAACUGUUCCACAUGCACCAGUUCCCAGCUGCAGCCAGGUGGGCUCUACACAUCCUGCCCCUCGCUGGGAAAAUUCCCAUUGCUCUGCAGACUUGUGCUGUUGUGUGUGGAUGCAGAUUGCCCAGGCACUGUCGGCUCCAGUGGAGAGAGAAGAGCAAAGGGACAGGCAGAAAAAUGCAAGUGUCCUUGGCAGAGCAGGUAUCUGGAAGUCCCUGCAGCAGGUUCCUAACUGCUUGCUUCUUUUUCAAGCAGCCUUUUGUGAUCCACGACAUGGACACCUUGUGGCAGGCAGAAAAAGGGCUGGUCUGGAAACAGCUAGUGAACGGCAUUCCCCCCUACAAGGAGAUCGGGGUGCACGUCUUCUACCGCUGCCAAUGCACCACAGUGGAGACUGUGCGGGAGCUCACCGAGUUCGCCAAAAGCAUCCCCAGCUUCAUAGACCUCUACUUGAACGACCAAGUGACUCUGCUGAAGUACGGGGUGCACGAGGCCAUCUUCGCCAUGCUGGCCUCUAUCAUGAACAAGGAUGGGUUGUUGGUGGCCAACGGGAACGGCUUUGUGACCCGCGAGUUCCUGCGUAGCCUGCGCAAGCCCUUCAAUGAGAUCAUGGAGCCCAAAUUCGAGUUUGCUGUGAAAUUCAAUGCGCUGGAGCUGGAUGACAGUGACCUGUCUCUGUUUGUGGCUGCCAUUAUCCUGUGCGGAGGUGAGCGGGUACUCUUGGCUGUGUGAGGGUCGGGAAGUCCUGCCAUACUUAGAGUGUUUGAGUCUGGGCUGGGAGAGCUGAGCUGCAGCUGGCCCUGCGAUCAGCCAGGGGUCUCGUAGGGGGACGAGAGAAGAACUGAACAGUUCCAAAACCAAAGCUUCUCUGUGGCGGUGACGCCUAGCAAGCUUGGACCAAGAACAAGGAGCAUAGACGUGGCAUCUCCUCCUCGUAUGCUGCUAUGGGAAUUUUGUCCAAGGGCGCGUUUCUCCCCUUGUCUGGUUGAUGAGGUUGGAGUCACAGUGGGUGGGUUACAGUCCCCGUCUCCCUUUCCCCAGGAGGAGCGUGUGCUUUGGAGGGCUACACCAUAACACUGCAGCUACCGUGCUUCCUCUCCACAGACCGUCCUGGCCUGAUGAACGUGAAGCAGGUGGAGGAGAUCCAAGACAACAUCCUGCGAGCGCUGGAGUUUCACCUGCAGUCCAACCACCCAGAUGCCCAGUACCUCUUCCCCAAGCUGCUGCAGAAGAUGGCCGACCUGCGGCAGCUGGUGACGGAGCACGCUCAGCUGGUGCAGAAGAUCAAGAAGACUGAGACGGAGACAUCUCUGCAUCCGCUUCUGCAGGAGAUCUACAAGGACAUGUACUAAGAAUCUGUUAUUUAUGAGAAUGAAGCCAUGGAUUCCCAGCAAGACUCUUUGUACAGAAACAAAGAAAACCUUUCCCCAUGUCUUCCAUUUCUUCUACUGGAAACUCUUUUCUAUGUGACCCUGAUGUACGGUACAUAGGGCAAGAUGUCGUAAGAUUUUGCAGCCACCACCUGCUAGGCCAGGGCUUCUGUUAACACACACUAACAAAUUUACAAAGGCAAGUCAUAAGCUACUGUUUCCGUUACUACGGCCCAGCUCUUCAGCUGCUCCCUGGGGCCUCCGGAGCAGCCAGAUGGUUUACAUAGCCUAGAUGGUGGGGUUCCUACAGCAGCCUGGGAAUGGUGCAGGAUGCUCUGGUCGUUAGGAGACCCGAGCGCAGUGCGGGUAUCCAGCGGGGCCAGUAGCAGCACUUACAGCGUGUCUUUAUUUUCUUUUUUCUAUUGCACUCCAAAGUUGUAGUCCUGAGCCGUGAAGUCUAGGACAGUGUAAUGAAAGGAAGUUUCUCUCUUUCCCAAAGAACAGCUGGAGUAUUUGAAGAUGGGUAGGGUUGUCCUAGCAGAGACCCCCCCUCACUGUGUGGCUUACUCCUGUUUCCCAGAGGGAUGGUGUGAUCUCUGCCUUCCCCCGAGUGCCGUAUGGGAGCCCUUGCUCUUGGAACCCCCCUUUCAGAGGGACCCUGCCCCUUGGCGCCUCAGGAUGAGAGAGGGAGGGAUGGGGAGGUGGGAGGGAAGGGGGCUGACUCAUAAAUUCACCUUCAGAGCAGAGGCCAGAAUCUGUGUGCUUCCCCGGGCACAGACGUGAGUUGCCAGAAAGGUCUGUGCAGGGCCAGGGGCAGGCCUGGGACUGGUCGGGGUUUAGGCAGCAGGGCUUGUGGCUUCUCCUGCAGCUCCCUUUGCAAGCCCCGGGAGGUUCAGGGGGUUUUGCAGGGCAGCACAGGCAGCAGAGGCUCCCCAGUGGCACAGCUCCUGCGAGCAUCAGAACACUCCAGCAGCACCAGCAAGGAGAAAGCCACGGCCAGCCCGCAGUGCUCAUGAUGCUGAAAGGGCAUUGACCUGUCUGUUAACUGCCCUGCCUCAGUUUCCCCUCUGUGAAGGGAGCUGGAUUGUCGCCUGUUCUCUGGUCGGAGGGGAAGCACGAGGAUUAAUUAAUGCAUUGGUUUCAAAGAGCUUUGCAGCUGUAAAACACAGUAUAAAUGCCAACUAUUUAUAAAAGGGGAGGGAGAAGGUGGGAUGCUCAGAAUGAGCAGGAGCUUCCUGGCGAGCACGACCAGGUGGGGGAAGCUGCCCAGCCCUCCUCUGCCACCGUCCAGUGUGGGGACAUCCCCAGGCCCCGGGGUCUGCCUAAACCCAGAGCUGGUCUGGGACUUUACCUCGCAACUUCUCGCAGCUGUAGUGAAACACUGCGGUGCUGCCUGUGCCCGGGAUGGGACCCCUGCAUGGGGGGCUGCGUCACCUGGGCUCUGGAAGAGAGGAUGGACCCAGGAAGGGUUCGGUCCGCUCUCAGGAUGAUGGUGUCUGACCUAAGAAGCAGCACUUACCCAUCUGCAGCUCAUGGUCCCAUGUGUCCUGAGCAGCCUUAUUAAAAUUCUGAUAUUUCCAAGGAGGGGUUGUGGGAGCAAAUUAGUCAGUUUUGUUUUAUUUUCCUCCUCUUCAGGGUAGCAGAUUUCCCUGGUGCAAUAAUUCCUUUAAAACCCAAAGGGGAAGAGCGCUGGGCUUCUGCUCCAUGUCACAAGGCUGGCUGGUCCCAAACCUGCCCCUGCUACUGCCCUCCAGCUCCUUGCCGUGCCUCAGUUUCCCUGCCCUCUGCCCGCCCAGCCCCUUCCCCUCCCUACCUCGCAGGGGUGUUAUGAAUUACCAUUUCUAAAGCACUUUGAAGGCCUCUUGGGGAAGGCACUGGAGACAUAUGUGUGCUGGACGGAGCCUGGGGGAUUUGUCCUUCCCAAUGGCAUCCCUGCCAUGGCCGGCAUGCAGGACUUGACUGCUCAUCACCUGGGGAACUUUUUGCUCUUCCCUCCUCAACAGUGUAACAACCCUCAAACUGAAAUGUAUAUUUUUGCUAGAAGUACAAACCUCCGAGUGUUUUUAAUAAUAUAAAUAGUGUCCACAAACUGACUUGACUUUAAAUAAAUCUGAGCUAAGUAUUUAA